GAAGCCCCCCCUCCCUCCUGCUGGCACCACAUCUCUCGUUGCUCCGGUCUGCUCUUCACCUGUGGCCGCUCGGAGAGACAUGAAGACCCCGCGGGCCGUGCGAGGCUCCCCGGGGCCGCGGCCGCUGCUGCUGCUGCUGCUGCUGCUGCUGCUGCUGCUGCUCGCGGGAGCGCGCAUCGAGGGCUACCGGCCCGUCGUCAUCGUGCACGGCGUCCUCGAUGGACCGAAACAGUUUGAGGCGCUUUCUCUUUACAUAACCAAGGUGCAUCCUGGGACAGAGGUGUCGGUGAUCGACCUGUACGACGACCUGAAGAGCCUGAAGCCGUUGUGGGCGCAGGUCCCCGGCUUCCGGAGAGCCUUCGACUCCAUCGCACGAAAGGCUCCCGACGGCGUCCACCUGCUGUGCUUCUCUCAAGGCGGUCUAAUCUGUCGGGCGCUGCUCUCCGUGACCCCCGACCACAACGUGCACACCUUCGUGUCGCUGUCGUCGCCCCAGGCCGGACAGUUCGGAGACACGGACUACCUGAAGAUGUUUCCUGACUGCAUCAAGAAGGCGGUCUUUCGUUUCUGCUACAACGAAAUGGGUCAGGACCUGUCCAUAUGCGACUACUGGAACGACCCCCACCACCGCGCCCGCUACCUGCGGAGCAACAACUUCCUGCCGGUGCUCAACGGCGAGCGGCCCCACGUCCACAUGAAAGCAUGGAGGGACAACUUCCUGCGCAUCAAGAAGCUGGUGCUGAUCGGGGGGCCGGAUGACGGCGUCAUCACGCCGUGGCAGUCCAGCCACUUUGGAUUUUACAACAUGGACGAGGACAUCGUAGAAAUGAGGAACCAGGAGUUCUACAGGAGCGACACCUUUGGGCUGAAGACGCUGGACGCUCGUGGCGGCGUCUCGGUGUGCGUUCACUCCGGAGUGAAGCACAUUCAGUGGCACUCCAACUACACCGUGUUCUCCAGCUGCAUCCAGCAGUGGCUGACAUGAGAGAGAGAGAGAGGGAGGAUUGAGAAGAUUCAGAUUUACGUUAACAUAAUUAUAUUCUAAUUAAUAAACUACAUGAUGAAGAUUGCUAAAAUACAGAAUCUAAGGGUCGGUUUGUGUCAUUAUUUUGGAUUUGACUGAUAAGGUAUUGAUAACAUGACAUCACAUAAACGAGCUGAGGAAAAGCAUGAAUGUUUAAUCCAUGGAUCCCCCCUCCCCCAACGACUCCGUGGUCUUGCAUGUUUUGUCCCAUGAUGCUCAGAUAUUGAUGAUGAAGCGUGGUGUGAAGUGGCGGAUCGAUCCCUGCCCUCUGGUGGCGGUUCGUGGUACUGACGGAGAACUCCUCGGCCCUCUGGAUGGAGACUUGCAGCAGCUCUGUUCGUGCUUUGUUUGACCUUUGAGAUCUGACACAUCAGUCUUCCAUGUCAGUCCAUUGUCAACAUGCCGCUCCUUCAAGAACGUUGAGCAAACCACAGAAUUCAGCUCCAACACAAACAGCUAAAGAAGUCUGAAUAAAAAUGUUAAACCGUAUGAAGAUGUUUCUAUUUGAAUGCUUUCAUUUUGCUCGGAAUGUUCUGA